AUGUCUCGCGCAAAGCGCAAGUUCGACCUCGACCCCAACGCCUCGGAUCCGGACGACCUCGAUUUCGACGCCACCGAACGCGCGCCACCCCAGCGCCGCCGCAACAACCGCGCCACCCCAGGCUCCAAGAAGAGAGGGCCAAGGCGCCCACGUCGCGCGUACGGCGGCUCAGACGUCGACGACGACGACGAGAUUCUGUCCGACGACUCCUUCACCGACCGCUCCGAGUCGGAGGAGCCCGAGGUCAAUCCGCAGACGGGCAGGAGCGUGCGCAAAGUCGCGAAAAAGGCCAUCAAGUACGAGGAGAGUGAAGACGAGAUCGAAGACACGCCCUCGGAAGACGACGACAAGCCCGUGCCCUCGCGACGCCGGGCGCAGCCGUCUAUCGAGCAACCAUCCAUCGAGCAGCCGGCCAUCGAAGAAGUCGAGACGCCGUCCCUGACUGUCGUCUUGAAGAUGUCUGGACACAACAUCCGUCGCGCCAUGCGCCUCCGCACUGGUAGUAAGGGUAUCACGCGCGAGAAGACGCCAGAGCCGCCAGGCACGCGCCGUAGUACCCGUCUUCGCUCGCAUGACGUUGAGCAGAUUGCCUUGUCCGACUCAGGCAAGCAUGCGAUCCGCCAGCCCACCAAAACCCCCGAGCCCGCUGCAUCACGCCCAACCAGGGGCGGCAAGGGCCCGAGGUUCCAGCACCAAAGCCCUAUUGUGGAAGCCUCACAGGAGGUGUCGAUGAUCCCCGACGACGACAGUGACGGGCCGCUCGACGCGCUCCUUGCUGGCGCUGAAGAUCACCUGCAAGUCCAGGCCGAGGCCACACCAGACGAGGCCCAGCCUUCGAAGAACGACGAAGACGAUGAGGGCUUGGAGGGUGUGAUUCAAGAGUCCCAGCAUGAUGACGUUGCUGCUGAAGAUUCGGAAGAGGAAGAAGAGGGCCCUGUCACGCGUGGCGGUCGUAAUCUGAGGUCUCGCGCCAGAUCUGCCAAACGCAAGCGAGGUGCCGACGAAAGUAGUGAUUUCGAGCCGGCUGCUGAGGAUGAGAAGGAAGAGGAAGAAGGGAUAUCAGACUCUGAUCACGGAAAGGGUAAGCGCAAGCGUUCCUCGUCUGAAAGCGCCUCAGGCUCAGGCCGAAGAUCGACUCGCAACCGGGGAAGAACACGACAAUCCCAGCGAAGUAGGCGCGACUCGUCUUCUGAGGAGGAGCUGGACAAAGAUGAAAUGGCGGACGAGCUCCAAGAGCUUGACACCAAACGCCGACGCCUGAGCAGGCGCGUUCCUGACAACGACCUGUCGUACGACACAGCACCCAAGCGUCGCGCCCGAACGAACGCUGUUGACUAUCGCGUUGUUCGCCCGGAACUGAAUGCAGUGUUUGACGACGACGAUCUCCCUCCACGCGUCGACAAGACACGCUCUAGAGGCGGGCGCGCGGCAUACAGAAGCAUAUGGGGCAACCAAGGCCCCUUCGGCGGUGGUGUUGAAGCCGGCGCGGGUGCUGCUGGCGGAGAUUCGGACAGUAGCGAGGACGAGAACCGGAUGAUGCCCAAGUCUGUUGGUGGCAUGAUCGGCAUGACUCCGACAACAGCAACGGCUCCUGGCUUUGGGUUUCCUCAAACACACAAUGCAGACGCGCAACAAGCUGGUGGUGGAUCUGGAGGCGGGCCUGCAGACUUUGGUAAAGUCAAAGACAAGAAGGCUCUUGCGGAUGCAGAUCCACUGGGGGUCGACACCAGCGUCAACUUCGACGGCGUUGGUGGAUUGGAAGACCACAUCAGCAAGCUCAAGGAGAUGGUCAUGCUUCCCUUGCUCUAUCCCGAGGUGUUCCAGCGCUUCAAGAUCACUCCGCCUCGAGGAGUGUUGUUCCACGGCCCGCCAGGUACUGGUAAAACACUCCUUGCGCGCGCUCUAGCCUCUAGUGUUAGUGGGCAUGGUCAGAAAGUCACUUUCUACAUGCGUAAGGGAGCCGAUGCCCUCAGCAAAUGGGUUGGAGAAGCCGAGCGACAGCUUAGACUGCUGUUUGAGGAGGCGCGGAAAACCCAACCCAGUAUCAUCUUCUUCGAUGAGAUUGACGGUCUGGCGCCUGUUCGAUCCAGCAAACAAGAGCAGAUUCAUGCUUCCAUUGUCGCCACACUUCUCGCUCUGAUGGACGGCAUGGACGGGCGUGGCCAAGUCAUUGUCAUCGGCGCAACAAAUCGUCCUGACUCCGUGGAUCCUGCUUUACGACGUCCUGGUCGUUUCGACCGUGAAUUCUACUUCCCCUUGCCCAACGUCACAGGACGACGUGCCAUCAUCGAUAUCCACACAAAGAACUGGGAGCCGCCUCUCAAACCUGAGAUGAAGGAUGGACUUGCGGAAGUGACCAAGGGCUACGGUGGUGCCGAUCUUCGAGCUUUGUGCACGGAGGCAGCUUUGAACGCCGUACAGGGAACGUUCCCCCAGAUUUACUCUUCCGAGAGGAAACUCUUGAUUGACCCCACCCACAUCAAGGUUCUAGCGAAGGAUUUCAUGAUCUCGGUGAACAAGAUGGUCCCUUCUUCGCAGAGGACAAUUACGGCAAGUGCUGCGCCGCUUCCCAAGAGCAUCGAAUCUCUGCUGAAGAAGCCACUGGAUGAAAUUCUCAAGCGCAUGGACGAGCUCAUUCCCAGGAGAAAGAAGCUCACUGCGCUAGAGGAAGCGGAGUUUGAUGAUCGCGAGGAUGAGAAGGGAUUCGAACGGGAAACCACCAUGCGCAACUUUGAAAGCAACAGAAUCUUCCGACCUCGUCUUCUUAUCACAGGCCUACAAGGCAUGGGCCAACAGUACCUGGGUGCUGCCUUGUUGAACAAAAUCGAGGGCCUGCAUGUGCAAUCGUUCGAUCUGCCGACCAUCUUGGAGGACUCUACGCGAAGUCCCGAAGCAGCCAUCACCCAGUUGUUCACCGAGGUCAGGCGCCACAAGCCAAGCGUCAUUUACAUUCCUGCAGUCGAUGUUUGGUAUCAGACUCUACCCGGUCCUGCCAUCAAGACCUUCAAGCUUCUUCUACGCAGUGUAGGCGCGAAUGAACCAAUCAUGGUUCUAGGCGUGAUGGAACUGUCUCACGAGAAAGAGAAGCCAGACCGGCAGAUGAUGGCGGAUCUUUUCACGUUUUCCAGAAACAACAAGUACGUGCUCGAACGGCCGGACCAGGAAGGACGUACCGAGUUUUUCGAGAGUAUCAUCCACUAUAUUCGUAUGUCGCCGGCCGACUUUCCAGAUCCCGAUAAUAGGAAGAAACGCGUCCUGCCCGAGUUGGAGCCAGCGCCCAUUGUUGCGCCAAUCGUCGAUCCUAAAGAGCGCACCGCACGAGAAAAGGAGCAGAGGAAGCAAGACAUGCUGACGCUGAGCAAGAUGAAGAUCAUGAUUCAGCCUAUCAUGGACUGGAUGAAGAAAGGUCACCGGAAAUUCUUCAAGCCAAUUCUGGAUGAGAGCUGGUACUCGUAUCUUCUGGACGAACAAAACCCAGAUCAUUUCACAACCGACUUGGCGCCCGAACAACAGCAGGAACAAGGUGUCACACGAGAGUUUGAAUGGUCCGAAGACCACAAGGGCGUCGGUGUGCUGUUGCAUACUCCGAGUGGCAACAAAUACUAUAACCUCGAUUUGACGGAGAUUGAGAGGCGUCUUUCCAACGGUUAUUACAAGCGUCCAAAGGACUUCCUAUACGACGUCAAAACUCUCCUCAAGGACGCUAAAACGUUCAAAAGAGAUCCGGAGCGGAUUAUGAAGGCUCAGGAGUUGUUGACAAACGUGGAGGUCGACAUACACAAUUUCUUCCCAGCCGCCCAGCUUGAGGAAUACGAGGCUGUCUACUACCGCGAACUAGAGAGGGCCCGAAAAUCAAAGGAGAAGCGCGAAAAGGCCGCCGCUGAGGCUGAAAAAGCAGCUGCUGAGGCAGCCAAUGUCUCGGCUCCAGAAGAGUCGACUCUGGCAAUAGAGGCGUCCGGUGCGAUCAUAUUGAAUGACCCUGUGCCUGGACAUGCGGCCAUCCCUCCAGUGACGCCGUCACGGCCACCCACAAGCGGCCCGCUGUCAAACGGAACAAGCGGAGAGGACGGUGCACAACAUACUCAACAAAACGGGUCCACAGUACCUUCUCGGGCGAUCGAUGAUUCAGACCUUACGGACAGUCAAGAUCUAAAUGUCGGCACUCAAAUCGACUUUCAUUUCCAGACUCCCAAUCCGGUCUACACACAAACUCAGACCCAACGAUCACAAUUUGCAGGUCGCACAUUCGUCGCGCCGAACUCACACCCCAACGACUACCACAACAGUGCAUCGACUACGACAUCCGGCAACCAGACGUCCAAGCGGUCUUCUGACAACAAGUUUGGCACACAGAGCAGCAACGGUGCGCCGCCAGUGGGCGUACCGAAUUUCGUGGAACUCAUGCCUCAAGCCGGCGGGUCACAGCUGCCCGACACACAAGGUUCGCCGACCCUCUUCGAGCGUCGCUUUGACCUCUCCCCUCGCCUAUCCCGCUCUUCAUCCGCUGACUCGAUGCUCUUCACAGAACAACACUACGUCAGUAGUCAGCCGACCAACUCGCAGCCCUCGCAGUCGUCACAAGUCAUGCCUCCCCCACGCCAUACGACAAACCUUGGGGAAAUCCUCAACGACGAGAACCCGCCUCAGCCCGUUCUCAUCCUAGACGAUACGCAACUCCACGACCUACACUCCAAUCUCGCCACCAACACCUCGGGCUGCUCGCUUGAGCAACUCGAGCAGAUCAACGCCAGCCUCAUGGAAGCCAUCUGGACGCACCGCAGAGACUACAACCGCAAUAGAGUUGUGCAGAGGGUCACUGACGCGUUCAACGAAAUCAUAGAAGAUAUUCAGGCCAUGCAGGACAUCCUCAAAUCAAGCCAGGAAGAAGAGGAGGCAGAGGAAGAGAGUCGUUAUAUGCGCUUCGAUCAGCCUACUCAGAUAACGCAGGCAUAUCCGCCGCUUACCCAGCCCCCGAUUGGGGGUCCUGGAGUCACGCAGAGCGAGUACUGGGCCGCGACGCCGGGUGCGACGCAGCGUCCUGUGCGGUAG